AGCUAUGCUGAAGUGCGUGAUGAGUGGCAGUCAGGUGAAAGGUGGAGCGGCCUUUGUUGUCUUCCCAUUUAGCAGAGGGAAAAGCAGACGUUAAUAGUAUUUGGGAAAGCAGUUCAAGCUCUAUCACGAAUUAGUGACGAGCUCUGGCUAGACCCAUCUAAAAAAGGUCUUGCUCUACGAUGUGUGAAUUCUUCUCGGUCAGCAUAUGGAUGUGUCCUGUUCUCUCCUGUGUUUUUUCAACAUUAUCAAUGGUCAGCUUUAGUGAAAAUGAGUGAAAAUGAACUUGACACAACACUGAAUUUAAAAUGCAAAUUAGGAAUGAAGUCAAUUUUGCCCAUCUUUAGAUGUCUGAAUUCCCUUGAAAGAAAUAUAGAGAAGUGCAAAAUAUUCACCAGAUCUGACAAAUGCAAAGUAGUUAUUCAAUUCUUCUACAGACAUGCAAUGUGGAUGGAACUAGAGGUCAUUAUGUUAAGUGAAAUGAGCCAGGCAUAGAAAGACAAGUAUUGCAUGUUCUCACAAUGUGGACACUAAAAAAGUUAUUCUCAUGGAGGUAGAGAGUAGAAUGGUAGAUACCAGAGGCUGGGAAUGGUGUGUGGGUAUUAAAAGGACUCAUAAUAUAUGUUUUCAAGAAAGUCAGCCUUUGCAAGUUAUUUUUGACAAGAAUGUUUGUACUAAUACACUAAUGAUUCAACCAAGAUUGCUUGCUGAUGCCAUUGUUCUUUUUACAUCAAGUCAAGAGGAAGUUACUCUUGCUGUUACUCCACUGAAUUUUUGCCUCAAGAGUUCUAAUGAGGAAUCAAUGGAUUUGAGCAAUGCUGUGUACAGUGAGAUGUUUGUUGGCUCAGAUGAGUUUGACUUCUUUCAAAUUGGAAUGGACACUGAGAUAACGUUUUGUUUCAAAGAAUUGAAGGGAAUACUGACAUUUUCAGAAGCUACACAUGCUCCUAUAUCCAUUUAUUUUGACUUUCCUGGGAAACCUCUGGCUUUAAGUAUUGAUGAUAUGUUAGUGGAAGCUAACUUUAUUUUGGCCACAUUAGCUGAUGAGUCAAGUAGAGCAUCUUCACCACAGUCACUGUGUCUUUCACAGAAACGAAAAAGGUCAGAUCUGAUUAAGAAAAAGGCUGGCAAAAAUAUAACCGGCCAGGCCCUGGAAUGUAUUUCAAGAAAAGCAGCACCAAGAAGGCUUUAUCCUAAGGAGACUCUCACAAACAUCUCUGCAUUGGAAAACUGUGGAAGCCCUGCAAUGAAAAGAGCGAAUGGAGAUGUCAGUGAAGUAUCAGAAAACAGUGUCAGCAACACAGAGGAAGUGCCAGGGUCUCUGUGUCUCAGAAAGUUUUCUUGCAUGUUCUUUGGAGCAGUUUCUUCUGACCAGCAAGAACACUUCAACCACCCUUUCGACAGUCUGGCAAGAGCAAGUGACAGUGAAGAGGACAUGAAUAAUGGCAGUUUCUCUAUAUUCUAAUGCUUAAUGAUGUCUGAGCUGGCCCACAGCCCAGUGACUGGCUCAUUUGCCCCUCAAGCACGAGUUUGCAUGUUUAGUGUCUAAAAGAGGUUGUCCAGGACUUCCUUGGAAUGGAGGAUGGGCUUUUAAACCACAUCACCUUGUACAACAACCAUAUCUAGAAAUAGCUGUUUGUCAAGUGUAUGUAACUUGCUUUAAAUCCAUUAUGCUACUUGGGAGGCAGAAGAGUUUUCUGUGAAGGAAAAAAGCCCAUUAGAGUUAUUCAAUUCAAUGCAUGUUCACCCUAGAGCUUUUAACAUCUUUGCUAGUUUUAUAAAGGUAUUUAAACUUUAUUCAACAGCCAUUUGGAGUGCAUCAAGAUGGCUUGAAAUGGAAUUUUGUGAUUUGUAGUCAGGUAUCUUUUGUAUUUGAUUGCAAACAUUUGGAUUUUAGUUUUCUCAUGUAAUACCAUGGCCUUUUUUGUCCAUUGUUUUUUAUAUUUUAAGUAGAAUAAACCCUGGAAAAAAGAUCAAGAAUAAAAAUAUAUAGUCACUUUC